AUGGAGCCAAAUACCUGUAAGACCAGCGAAUCGGAGGAAGACUACGCUGAGGAAGAGGAAUCCGAGGAGGAGUGUGUUCAAGAAGCUACCCUCCCUUCUGACUCUCCUCAGCAGGAGCUCUCAAAGGCUGACUAUAAGGAAUUUGGGGAUGAAGUGUCCUUAUCUAUUGUAGCCAAGAAAAUCCCAAAGAAAAUCAUAGCCCCAGCUGACUCAGAUGACUUAGAAGUCGGGAGGAGAAAGAGAAGGCGGAAACGCAGACCCCUGGCCAUCAACUUGACCAACUGCAAGUAUGAGAGUGUGCGUCGGGCAGCCCAAAUGUGUGGCCUGAAGGAGGUGGGGGAGGACGAGGAAUGGACUGUGUACUGGACAGACUGCUCUGUCUCACUGGAACGAGUCAUGGACAUGAAAAGGUUUCAGAAAAUCAAUCACUUCCCUGGCAUGACCGAAAUCUGCCGCAAAGAUCUGCUGGCUCGGAACCUGAACCGCAUGCAGAAACUCUAUCCUACGGAGUACAACAUCUUCCCCCGCACCUGGUGUCUCCCUGCAGACUUUGGGGACUUCCAGUCCUAUGGCCGUCAGCGAAAAACCCGCACCUAUAUCUGCAAACCGGACAGUGGUUGCCAGGGACGGGGCAUCUUCAUCACCCGAAACCCCCGGGAGAUCAAGCCGGGAGAGCAUAUGAUCUGCCAGCAAUACAUCUCCAAGCCCUUCCUCAUCGACGGCUUCAAGUUUGAUAUGCGGAUCUAUGUCCUGAUCACGUCCUGUGACCCUCUUCGGAUCUUCAUGUAUGAGGAGGGCCUGGCCCGCUUUGCCACCAUGCCCUACGUGGAUCCCAGCCACAGCAACCUGGAUGACGUCUGCAUGCACCUGACCAAUUACGCUAUCAACAAACACAAUGAGAAUUUUGUCCGGGAUGAUGCUAUGGGCAGUAAGAGGAAGCUGUCCACACUCAACGCCUGGCUGCGAGAACACGGCUACAACCCCGGAGAGUUGUGGGGGGACAUCGAGGACAUCAUCAUCAAAACCAUCAUCUCAGCCCAUUCUGUUCUUCGCCACAACUACCGAACCUGUUUUCCCCAAUAUCUGAGUGGAGGUACAUGUGCCUGUUUUGAGAUCCUUGGUUUUGACAUCUUGCUGGACCACAGGCUGAAGCCCUGGCUGCUGGAGGUAAACCACUCUCCAAGCUUCACCACUGACUCCCGCCUUGAUCGAGAAGUGAAGGAUGCACUUCUCUGUGAUGCCAUGACCCUUGUCAACCUCCGAGGCUGUGACAAAAGGAAGGUGAUGGAGGAGGACAAGCGGCGAGUCAAGGAACGGCUUUUCCAGUACCAUCAGCAGCCACGGGAAGCGAGGCGAGAACAAAUUGAGUCAUCCCAUGCCGCAGUACUGGACCAGGAACGCUAUGAGGAUUCCCACCUCGGGGGAUACCGGAGGAUCUACCCUGGGCCCGACACGGAGAAGUAUGCACCUUUCUUCAAGCACAAUGGCUCCCUCUUCCAGGAGACUGCUGCUUCCAAGGCCAGAGAGGAGUGUGCCAGGCAGCAACUGGAAGAGAUCCGCCUUAAGCAGGAACAGCAGGAGAACUCAGGCAGUAAGAGGCGAAAGGAAAACAGGGACCAGAACCAGGGUGAAUCAGCAGGGGAGAAGAGCCGAUCCAGGGCCGGGCUCCGGGGACUUUCCACCCACUUGGCUUACAGGAACCGGACCCGGGAGAAAGAGGUGUCAGAGCUGCUGCCCGCACGCCUGGAUACCAUGCAUCCUCAAGAGAUUGUGGAAGAGGAGGAGCUCGAGCGCAUGAAGGCCCUGCUCCAGAGGGAGAACCUCAUCCGAAGCCUGGGUAUUGUAGAGCAGCUCACCCUCAUGCUGCACCCCAGCCGCCAGGGCCAGAAAAAACUUCAUGAGUACCUGCACUGCCAGUACCACGGCUCUAACGGGCGAUAA